AAUAGGACUUAAACUCAUAAAAUUACGAGUCUGUUUAUUUAUAAUCCUUUUUUUUUCUCCAGUUCUUCUAUACUACCCUUCCUACUUAUCUUUAAAAAAAAAAUUGUGAUCCAACCCCCAACACCAUGGAAAAUAUACACACCAAAGAGGGAAUGAAGGAAGCUGGUGAUAAUUAUACUGCUAAUUACAUACUUCCACAUCUUCUCAAUUUAUAUGCAUCGCAAGCCAAAUCACAAGAUUUUGAGAUUUAUGCUCCAAAUGCGACGUUUGAAGAUCCUCUUAUGCGUGCAGAAGGGGUAAAGCAGAUAAAAUCGUCAUUUUAUUCGCUCGGAAAGGUGUUCAGUGAGUCGAGAAUCGUGGAGUAUAACGUCACAGAGAAAGAAAUAUCUCCUGGAAAUACAGAGAUUUUAAUCGACAACAAACAAUAUUACAAGUUCUUGGGGAAAGACAUUCAUAUGAUAUCACUAAUCAAGUUGUACACGGAAGGAGGAAAGGUCGUUCGUCAUGAAGACUGCUGGGAUAAGAAACCUUUACGGAAUAGGGAGACGGUGAAUGUACCACUUGUUGGGCGCAUGAUUGAGGUAUCUCGUAGAGCUUCGAUGUUUUUAACACAUGCUCUAAUGGAGUUUGGAAAAGAUCCCUCCAUGUAAAUUGCAGUGCACUGUUUUUAAGUAUUUCAAUUAGUUUUUACCAUAUUGUGAGAAAUAUAUAUAUAUAUAUAUAUAUGUUUGCUUGAAAAUAUGUAAAGAUAAUUAUUCAGUUGAUAGUUGAAUUUGUUGAAGUAAA